UACCUCUUGGAUUAACAUAUAUAAUUAGGCUAAAAAAACAAUUUGUAAAUAGGUUAAGAUAUUCAUGGUACAGUUUCCUGGAGUUAUUGGAUCUGAACUAUAACAAUGGGUUUUCAUGUCCUGAAUGUGGAGACUGUCCAGAAACUGUUGUAAUGGAUGGAGUUUCUUUGGGACUUAGAAAGACCUUCAUGCCUUGGAAACAAUAUUUAAAGGAGACAACAGAUAAUGUUACAUUUGAUGGAAGUUCUCACAAUACAAGAGUAUUCAUCAACAAUUCUGAAACAAGGAAGCUGUUAUUGAAGUAUGUUAAGGAGGGCUUGAAUGAAAAAGAAUACUGCCAAUUAAAAAACCAAAUUUCCACUUAUCAACCUGCCAUGACAGAUAUAUUGAAUGACUUUUGGGAAUCUGGUUUUGCCAAAUGUCCUGGGAUUUAUUCUGAUUUUUUAUCGGUAUUAUCAAGCAACUACCCAGUUUGUGGUUUUUUGCAUAAUAACAACAGAAUCUUUGAAAUCUUUUCCGAUUGGAGAUUUUUUUUUCAAAAUGAUGACAGUGUGCUUUUGGAGCAACAAGUCCCUUUAUUUUCUAAACUUUUGAAAAACCUGGAAUGGAAAAUUCCUGAAUUUAUGUAUCCCAUCAUGAAGGAGUUAGUUGUAAGGGCACAAUCACCAUUUGUUAGUGGCAAAAUACACAACACCUCAGAUUGUGAAUCAGGCUGUGCCUGUGGAGGGAUUGGGUUUUUUCCGACAAUGCCAACUAUUUGCCACAGAGGAAACUAUACCAUUGAUAACAAAAAAUCCAGGAUGGAAACAAAAUGCACAAAGAAAAGGUCAACACAUCCCACAUUAACACCUGGAUUAUUUACAGUCUCGUGUAUCCAUGGCAUUUGCUAUGGCUAUGAGAUUAUGGAAGAUGCAGAGAGUCCCAACAUUCCUUUUACUGUUCUCCGUACUAGAUUUCAUACUGGUAAUUAUUUUCUUCAUAUGUUUAAUGAUAUUUAUUAG